AUGGCAGCAAGCACAGGGGCUUCAGGAUGGCUAAGGGGCAAGGUGAAGGCUCUGACGUCUGGAGACUGCCUUCUCAUCAUGGGGAGCACAAAGGCAGAGAUUCCACCAGAGAAGUCCAUCACUCUGUCAUACCUUAUGGCCCCAAGGCUGGCUCGUCGUGGUGGAGUGGAUGAGCCAUUUGCUUGGGAAAGCAGGGAGUAUCUGAGGAAACUCUGCGUAGAAAGAAAUCUAUUGCAGGAGGUCACAUUUAGAGUGGAUUACACUGCUCCUAACAUCGGACGAGAAUUUGGCACUGUCUACCUUGGCGACAAGAACGUUGCCUACUUGGUGGUUGCUGCAGGAUGGGCAAGGGUGAAGGAGCAAGGCCCCAAGGGGGGUGAACCACUCCCAAAUGUCUCUGAGCUUCUGAGGUUGGAGGAAGUUGCUAAGCAACAGGGUUUAGGCCGUUGGAGCAAGGAACCUGGUGCUGCUGAAGAUUCGAUAAGAGAUCUUCCACCAUCAGCAAUUGGCGAACUAAGUGGUUUUGAUGCAAAGGGUUUUGCAGUUGCAAAUAAAGGAAAGAGUCUGGAAGCCAUUGUCGAACAAGUUCGUGAUGGCAGUACCAUUCGUGUUUACUUGCUUCCAAGUUUCCAAUUUGUCCAGAUAUAUGUCGCUGGAGUGCAGGCUCCGUCCAUGGGGAGACGACCACCGAAUCCUACUGUUGUUGCCGAACCAGAGGGCACUACUAACGGCACUACAAAUGGUGACGAUUCUGGGGAAGCUCCUGCACCACUGACAACAGCACAAAGUCUUGCUGCAUCGACAGCCUCUACUGAAGUUCCACUAGAUAGGUUUGGAAGAGAAGCUAAGCAUUUCACAGAGACUCAUGUUCUGAACAGAGAUGUGCGGAUUGUGGUGGAGGGGACAGACAGUUUCAGUAAUAUAAUUGAUCCAGGAGUCAGUGCUUGCAGAAGCAAGAUAUGUGUCAUCACCCCACGACACGGCGAAUCGAUUUCUUGGCUGACUAUUUCAGCCGCUGAUGACAUUGAAUCUCACAUAUUGAACAGUAUAGCAGGAUUACUACAACAAAGUGAAGGAUCGUCCUGUGGUGCCUGUGAUGCCUGUAAUAUGGCUGGCGGCGGAUCUGUGAUACCGGGAGUGAGUGUAUCUGGCGGCGGAUCCUGCAUGCCUUCGGCGGUGGCUCGUCACGUCCUGGACGUCUCCGGCGACGGGUCCUGCAAGGGAUCGGUGCCGGAUCCUGGAAGCGAUCAGCGGAGGGUCCUGCACGGGACAAGCGCCGGAUCUAAUGGAUGUGCGAGUUACACGCCGGCGGUUUUGAUGUGCCAGGGCGGCAGUGCAUGGAUGGAUGGGUGGCGGUGA